GUGCGACCGUACUCACCGGCGCUGGCUAGGCUUCUUUUUGGGUCUUCUCCAAAUUUGCUGUCGAAACAGACAAAAGCCUGACCUCGAUGGGCCCUCUCACCAAUCCGCGUAACAAGCGGUGCCCAACACAUCUCAGGCCAUGGUCAGACUUCCUAGAACAACAGAGAGUCAUACUUGGUGCACUCUACGACACGUUCCCUGCCCAGAGCCGCGUUUUCGGGAGCCGAAGUUUCCUGGCCGGCUUGGGAAACAGGAUUUUCCAGCGAUCGAUAGCAAACGAAAAGACACUCGAGCAUUUCCUGCACAGCAGUGUGGAGGACCCAGUCAGAGCGAUAAUAGAGCAGCUCAAGCAGGUGGAGGAGGUCAGCUGUGCAUUCGACAUAGGAAAUGGCAUCAUUAUCGAGAAUCCACCCUAUGCUAUCAGCGACGUCGCUGAAGAAGUCAUUGUCCGGGAGACUCCUUCGACACCACCACAGACGCCAGACCGCACACGAGACCUCAGCCAGCUGCGACCCGAUCAAAUCUGCCUGACCGCUCCGCAUCUUCGUCUCGGUCUGCGGGCUAUGAACAUUCCCAAGGACGUUGUCAAUCAAAAAACUAUUCCCACUUCUAUGGACCCGGACGCGCUUUUCCAGUAUCACGCGGAAAGGCUGAUAGCGUCUGCCGUCACGCAGACCUACCUUUACAUGAUGGAGGGAGGCCUUGAGUAUGGUCUUCUGACCACUGGCGAAGCGAUCGUGUUUCUCAGGGUCGACUGGGAGGAACCGAAAACGUUGUGUUACCACCUAGCAGAACCCGGCCCCGAGGUGUCCGCCCAUCCAAAUCACUUCCACGUCUGUACGGCUGUGGGUCAGUAUCUAGCUUUCAGCCUCAUGACCCUCGGCCUACUAGGAGAACGGCGGAUACACGGACAGGAGGAGCGUCGACAGGCUACACUUGACUUGAGCAAGUGGGCAGAAGACUUUGAAACGACUCACCGGUCAAUUCCAGAAAGCGAAAGACGGGCGUCAGGCAGCUCACCCGCUUACGAACCCACCACUUACGAGGGCGUCGGCCGAUCACCGUACCUCCUCCGCGGAAAGAGACGCCGACCUGGUAGAGCUGAUGAAGUCGAAAAGGAAACGUUGAGAGAAGAUCCAUCGGAAUCAUCUGAUGAGUCAGCGCCGAAUCUGCCGGAUACUUUAUAG